GCCGUGCGCAUGUCCGUGCGCAUCUCAUCUCUCAUGAGUUCCCUGCGCCCAGGAAACUUAAUGAGGGAUGAGAUGCGUCUUGUUAGGAAACAUCACAUGUUUGUUGGCUCAGCGGCCCCAGAUUAAAUUAUUGAACACCAGGACAAGCAGGGGGAAGUACUGCUGGACGAGCAGAGAGAGGGACCAGCUCUGACGGUGAAGAGAUCGACUAUUUUUUGGGAGGUGGAUUGGCUUUUUUUGUUUUUAAAUAUAUCAAUAUUUUUUUUUCCUGCUGAUAGAAAUGGAAGCCCUGCGAUGUGUUUUUCUCCUGGUUUGUGUCUGCGUUGUGCAUCAUGCUGAAGGGCGCAAGACAUAUGGUGACAUGUUCCCUCACAAACAUGCCAUAGGAAAGUUCCCAUUUCCAAUUCCACCAAUCCCUGGUUGGGAUCCUGACACCAACCCAUGGGAUGAUUAUCUCUACCCUCCACUAAACCCAAAGCCAAAAGAGCUCACACGCCACAAAGGUAAACCCAAGGUCCGUCUGACCAGCGACAGUCCGGCUCUCAAUGGCUCUUGCAUCUCCUUCACUGCAAAGCUGGAGUACCCUCCAUGUCAGAAGGAAGAUUCCAAUGGGGACCUUGUAUGGGAUGAUCACUGUGAGGAUGCCAAUGGACAAUUGCGUUCCGGCUAUGUGUACAACUGGACUUCCUGGUUGGAUGACUAUGGCUUUGGAAAGUGUAUAGACCUAAAGAAAUGCAAUGUAUUCCCUGAUGGGAAGCCCUUCCCUCAGAGCAAUGACUGGAGACGCAAGAGUUAUGUCUACGUGUGGCAUGCAAUGGGUCAGUAUUAUGAGACAUGUGACGGCUCUUCCUCCAGUGUGACCAUCAACACCACCAACAUCCCUGUGGGGGCAGAUGUCAUGGAGGUCAUGGUCUACAGGAAACGUGAGCGCAGGAAGUACAGCCCUCUCACCACUGACAACACCGUCUUCUACGUCACAGAUAAGAUCCCAGUGGCCGUCAACAUCUCCCAGAAGGCCGCGGUCAACCAGACUAAGAAUGUUUACUUUCGUGGUGAGGACGUGGUCUUCAAAGUCCAGCUCCAUGACCCCAGUGGCUAUCUCAAAACCGCAUCCUCCAUUGACUACAUUUGGGACUUCAGAGAUGGCAACCAGCUGGUAACACACCGUGACGUGACCACACACACCUACAGCAGCCUGGGGAACAUGAGUGUGAAGCUGGUGGUGGAGGCAGCAUUCCCUAUAGAGUGUCCACCCACUGUUGCCACCCCGACUCAGAAGACCUCCACACCAUCACAUCCCACAGUGGCUCCAACACUCCCACCCAGAACUCAUGCUGGUACUAUCAAGAUGGAGACCACACAGGCACCACCCAAAACCAGCCGACCCCUCCCGUCUUCCCCCCCUACAACAGGCAUGCCCAUCACGGAGCCCCUCGCCCCAACUGUGUCCACUUCGAUCCCAGAGACCAACCCCACCACUCUGGCCUGGCUCCACACCAGGCGCCUCAAGAACAAUGAGUGCUUCCGCUACGCCCAUGGGACCUUCAUGGGCAACAUCACCAUUAUUGAGCCCAAGCACGCACUGAACAGCCAGCCAAACAGUCGCAUUGUGGACGUGUCAGCUUCCAGAGUGACCAGCACUGACAUCAGCUUCCUCGUGAAGUGUCUAGGAAACAUCCCCACUUCAGCCUGCACCAUUGUGUCAGACCCCAGCUGUACCCAGGUACGUAAUAUCAUGUGUGAUGAUGUGCCACCGUCGUCGGAGUGUGAAGUGCAUCUCAGGCGAACAUUUCUGGAGCCUGGCACCUACUGUGUCAACAUCACCUUGGAGGACUCCAGCAGCCUGGCCCUGACCACCACCACUGUCACCAUCAACAAGUCCCAGGAUACACACGUGUCCAAGACUUCUAAUGCUGCAGUAGUGGUACUCUCAUCUACUGCUGUGCUGGUGGCUGUCUUUGCUUUCAUUGCCUAUCUGGUCUGCAAGCGUUACAAGGUGUAUCGUCCUAUCCGUAGGUCACUGGUGGAGGACGCCUGCAGCCCAGCUGGGGUCAGAGGUCGCAUGGUUCGUCUGAAGGAGGCACUAUUCCCCUCCGGUGAGGAGCGCCAUCACCUGCUGACUGAGAGACGCCCCCUGUAGGCUGUAAAGAGCUACACCAAAGGAUUUCUGCCCUUUAAUGGCAAAAAUACUGAAAAUCACAGAUGACAUAUGCAAAUCUAAGCAUUAUGUAAGUCAUAUAAUUAAAGAGUGAAGAUAGCAGGAAUACAUUCAUGUCUGUAGAGAAAUAUUAGUAAAUAAUACUUUUGUCUUUGUGUCUUAAUUAAGUUGCUAAACGAGUGUUGGCUACAGCAAAUGCUAAUGCUACAGCAGUAUAUGAUUAGUAAGAUUUACUAAAGAGGCUGUUAAAUGUCUGAGUGAUGCACUGCUCCUUUUAAUCUCCUUGAUUUGUCUCAUCGUUGGAUGAAGUAGUUGCUAGGAGAUGAAUUGGGUUCAAGUUGUCUGUUUUUUGAUCCAAAGAAAUACUUUUGAGCAGAUUUUGUGCCAAGUACUGCUUUUCAACACUGUGCCUUAUACUGUAACUAACCACUCAUCUUUUUAAGACGUCUGUCAAGCCACAUAAUAUGUAUUAUUCAACCAAUCUUCCUUCAGUACAAAUGACCAACAGAUAAUUCAAGGUUUGGUUAUUUAAAAAAAAAAAACUGCUCACAUUUAACAUUUGCCACUCAAUUUUAGGUUGAAGCUACUGAAAUCCUAGGACAGCAACACAUUGUACUGGUACUCAUUGUGGAUGAUGGUCUCAGAAAACUAAAAAUAAAAUUUGGUAAAACAUUUUGUUGUCUCUUUGUGAAGUUUAAUUUGUGGUGACAUUUUAAAGUUCCAGUUUGAUUCUUUUGUAUGGCACAUAUUACAUCAUGUCCUGUUAGUAUAAAAAGAUUACACCGGCCACUUCACACUUGUACAAUCCAACGUGAUCCAAGACAACACCUCAUAAGUUGUACCAAAAAUUCGACUUUUACAAAGCUUAUAACUUUCCAGUUUUUGUUGACACUGCCACAUAUUAAUUUAACACAGUUUACUAUUGAGGUUCUAGUAUGCAGUAGUAUUGAACUGAACAGCAUCAUACUGAGGUGUUUCUAAUAGUAACUCUCAUGUAUGUGAAUGGGGUGGCCAAAACUAACACUUUUCAAUAGAACGCUGUCCAAUUUAACACUACAACCUUAACAUACAUUAAUACUUCUGACUGUCAGUGAAAAAUUUGAACAUUAGAAAAGUAGAAUUUAUGGCAGAGUUUAUGUAUUGGAUCACACUGGAUUGUACAAGUGUACAAGAAUAGUAAAAGACUAUUUGACUGCAAAAAAAAAAAAAGUGUAGUAUAGUAAGUGUAGUAUGUAGUAGUGUACAAUUUGUAUGUAUGAAUAGAUCUUUGGACAUAGAUAUUGACUGUCAUCCAUAACAUGAAUUCUUGAGGUACUUUUAACAAGUUCUAAUAACUUCCCAUCCCAGUUAAAGGGAUUGCUACGUGUCCUUCCUUGUGCUGUUUAAAGCCAGUAGGCCAGAAAAUUAAAUAUAACUCCUCUUAACAGAAGAAACAUUCAACAGAUUUCUCAUCUGAUGAGGGUCUACCAGUCCACACUUAUUUUAAAAAGUGAGAAUUAGUGACAGACAAAUCUGGUUUUAUCAGCUAACCAACAUAUUGUUAGUUUGUACCAUAAAGAAAUCUACCUUUCUACAUUUAAUCAAGUCGAUCCGACCUGACUCACAAUAUAAAACAUGCCACCAUAGCAGCUCAAGUGUCUAGACAAUUUAAGGAUCCUAGAUGCACUUUGAUGUCAAGCUCUUUUAAAAAAAAAGUUGUCUCAUGACCAACGAGUGAUAUAAAUUUGGUUGCCUGUGUAUGCAAUGAGAACUUUCCAACGAUGAUAUACUCAAAUACAGUAAGGGAAAAAAAAAAGUUUUAAAACAGGACGAACAUGCCACAAUUACAUUUUUUUUUGUUUUGUUUUAUUCAGAGGCAUUUGACAAGUGGAGCUGUGUGUGAAAGGGAGGUGAAGGGGCACAAGCAUGGUUGCAGAGAGGGGGAGGAGGGAAUAUCAUGCUGAAGUAAGAUCGCUUUUUUGAAAGGGAAAAAACAAA